CUCUUCCUCUCAAGAAAAAAAAAAAAAAAAUAGAAGAAGAAAUAUUACUCUUUUUCUGCCAUGAUUUCAUACAUCUUAAUGCUGUAAAAUUCUUACUACAAUUUUCCCAUUAUCCCUCCAAACCUUUGUCUCUCUCUCCCUCUCGCUCUAUUUCCUUGGGUGAAAAACAAAAAUGAGAAUUAGCCCAAGAGAGUUUUGGGACGCAUGCCUUGAGGGUUUGGUUUAUUUCUUUGCUUUUUCUCACAUGCUCGCCUGAAUUCUCUCCGACGCUUCUUCAACUCUCUUUCCUUUUCUUUCUCUUUUCUCUUUCUCUCCUUUUUCCAUUGAAGCUUCUUCAAUGCAAUCACAUAAUAAAAAGGGUUAGUGAUUUAAUCUGAAAGCUACGAGAUUUAAGGGUUUACCCGGAUGCCCAGAAAGCCUGAACUCUCAGGUUUGAGAAGAGCAUUCAAUUUUCUUCCUUGCAAUGCAUUUAUGAUUAUAGAUUUUAUUGGGUUAUUGAUAUCGGACAAUUUGAUUACUGUAAAUUAUCAAAUUUAAGAUAUGUUGGUUGUGACAUACAUACAAUUCCAUUACUGGUUUGAGGGUUAGGGUUUUUGAGGCCAAACACUAUUGCUUUUUUGGUCUCUCUAUGCCUGUUAAGUGGUUUUAUGAAUUGGGUAUUUGAGUUUGAAGGGUAUAUGCAUUUAGUUCGUCGUGUGUGAGCUUACUGGUUAUAGGGUUUAGUUGCUUUGAGGUUCCGAGGAUUUUGGUAUCUGGAGUCCUUUUCAGACUGAUCAAAGAUAUGAGUCGUAGGGUGCGGCGCAAGGUGGCUAAGAAAGGAAAGGAUAACGUUGUUUCACUAAGUUACCAUGAAUUGGAAGACGAGGAUUUACGUCCUGAGAGAAAUGAGUCUGUGGAUUGGACAAGCUUGCCUGAUGAUACAGUGAUUCAGUUGUUUUCAUGUUUGAAUUAUCGUGAUAGGGAGAGCUUGUCAUCAACAUGUAGGACGUGGAGGGGUUUGGGUGGUUCUCAGUGUUUAUGGAGUUCAUUGGAUCUUCGUGCUCAUAAAUUUGAUACUGGAAUGGCUACUUCACUUGCUUCUAGGUGUGUGAAUCUUCAAAAGCUUAGGUUUCGUGGGGCAGAGUCUGCUGAUGCAAUAAUUCAUCUUCAAGCUAAGGACUUGCGUGAAAUAAGCGGUGAUUACUGCAGGAAAAUAACCGAUGCUACUCUAUCUGUGAUUGUUGCUCGACACGAGGCUCUGGAAAGUCUUCAGCUCGGGCCAGACUUCUGUGAGAGGAUCACGGGUGAUGCUAUAAAAGCAAUAGCUAUAUGCUGUCCAAAAUUGAAGAAACUUCGGUUGUCUGGAAUAAGGGAUGUUCAUGCUGAUGCAAUCAAUGCUUUGGCUAAGCACUGUCUAAAUCUGGUCGAUGUUGGGUUCCUUGAUUGUCUAAAUGUUGAUGAGGCAGCAUUGGGAAAUAUUGUAUCUGUUCAGUUCCUCUCUGUUGCAGGGACAUCAAAUAUGAAAUGGGGUGUCGUUUCACUUCUCUGGCACAAGCUGCCUAAAUUGAUUGGGUUGGAUGUUUCAAGAACUGAUAUUGGUCCAACUGCUGUUUAUAGAUUGUUAUCCGCAUCCCAGAGCUUGAAGGUUUUGUGUGCUUUGAAUUGUGCAGUUCUUGAAGAGGACACUAGCAUUAGCACCGUUAAAACCAAAGGCAAAUUGUUACUUGCUCUUUUUACAGAUAUUUUUAGAGGACUAUCUUCUUUAUUUGCCGAAACUACAAAGAAAGGGAGGAAUGUAUUUUUGGAUUGGAGGUGCUCAAAGAACAAUGAUAAAAACUUGAAUGAGAUCAUGACUUGGCUUGAAUGGAUCUUAUCUCACACACUUUUGCGUACAGCUGAGAGCAAUCCACAAGGUCUUGAUAAUUUCUGGCUUAAGCAAGGGGCAGCUCUGUUGCUUAGCUUAAUGCAGAGCUCACAAGAGGAUGUUCAAGAAAGGGCAGCCACUGGACUUGCGACUUUUGUUGUUAUUGAUGAUGAAAAUGCUAGCAUAGAUUGUGAAAGGGCCGAAGCAGUUAUGCGAGAUGGUGGGAUCCGACUUCUUCUGAACCUAGCAAAAUCUUGGCGAGAAGGGCUUCAGUCGGAGGCAGCAAAGGCUAUAGCAAACUUGUCUGUCAAUGCGAAUGUUGCAAAAGCUGUAGCUGAAGAAGGAGGAAUUAAUAUCCUUGCUGGGUUGGCGAGGUCCAUGAACAGGCUGGUUGCUGAGGAGGCAGCUGGAGGGCUAUGGAAUCUUUCUGUUGGGGAAGAGCACAAGGCUGCAAUUGCUGAGGCUGGUGGAGUGAAGGCUUUGGUCGACCUCAUAUUCAAAUGGUCCUCUGGUGGUGAUGGAGUUCUUGAACGUGCAGCUGGCGCCUUGGCAAAUUUGGCAGCUGAUGAUAAAUGUAGUAUGGAAGUUGCCAUUGCAGGUGGUGUGCAUGCGUUGGUGAUGCUUGCACGUAACGGCAAGUUUGAAGGAGUGCAAGAACAGGCUGCUCGUGCCUUAGCAAAUUUGGCUGCACAUGGUGAUAGCAACAGUAACAAUGCUGCUGUAGGCCAAGAGGCAGGUGCUCUUGAAGCCCUAGUUCAACUUACACGUUCUCCUCAUGAAGGUGUCAGGCAAGAAGCUGCUGGUGCAUUGUGGAAUUUGUCAUUUGAUGACAGAAAUCGAGAAGCAAUUGCAGCAGCUGGUGGUGUUGAGGCAUUGGUUACUCUUGCCCAAUCCUGUUCAAAUGCUUCGCCAGGUCUUCAGGAGAGGGCAGCAGGUGCUCUGUGGGGAUUGUCAGUCUCGGAAGCCAACAGCAUCGCUAUUGGACGAGAAGGAGGUGUUGCACCCCUGAUUGCACUUGCACGCUCUGAUGCUGAAGAUGUUCAUGAAACUGCUGCAGGGGCUCUUUGGAACCUUGCUUUUAACCAUAGUAACGCUCUUCGGAUAGUGGAAGAAGGUGGGGUUCCUGCACUUGUUCAUCUUUGUUCUUCAUCGGUAUCAAAGAUGGCACGCUUCAUGGCUGCAUUGGCACUGGCAUACAUGUUUGAUGGGAGCAGAAUUGAUGAGUUUGCUCCAAUGGGCACAUCAUCCGAAAUCACUUCUAAGAGUGUGAGCUUGGAUGGGGCCAGAAGAAUGGCUUUGAAGCAUAUUGAAGCUUUUAUUCUUACAUUCUCCGAUCCUCAAGCAUUUGCAGCAGCUGCUGCUUCGUCAGCUCCAGCAGCAUUGGCACAAGUAACUGAAAGAGCUCGUAUUCAAGAAGCAGGGCAUCUGAGAUGCAGUGGGGCUGAAAUUGGAAGAUUUGUCUCCAUGCUUCGAAAUGCUUCUUCAAUACUCAAGGCAUGUGCUGCAUUUGCUCUACUCCAGUUCACCAUUCCUGGCGGCCGACAUGCUGUGCACCAUGCUAGCCUUAUGCAAGGUGCUGGAGCAGCAAGGGUUCUUCGUGCUGCAGCCGCAGCAGCAACUGCCCCUAUUGAGGCUAAAAUCUUUGCAAGAAUUGUACUUAGAAACCUCGAGCACCACCAAGUAGAACCUUCCAUCUAAUUCAGGAAACUUUUUUAUUAGGCAAGGGUUUUCAUAUGCCAUGAGGACAUUUUACAGUCCUGCAACCUUUUGAAUAUAAGAACUAUCAGAACAAGUUUGCAUAGUCUUUUUGCUUCUCUCCCAAUUUGUUGUUUAAAUUCUUCUUUUAGGUUUGGGUGAAUCUCCUUCCCCUUUCUUGUAACAAAUCUUUGCAUGGGGAAUUGAUGUAAACCUGUACCUCAUCAUUUUUGUGUCUGUAUUCAUUGCAACAAUACCUUCUAUAUAAUCAUAAAUGCCUUCUUAGGACUUAAUAGGUAUGGCCCCUGUUGUGUCUGAACCAGUAUUAAUGACAACUUUUUCUUUUUUCC